AUGCGUCCAAUUGUUUCUUACGACGAUAUUUCUUUACCAUACCAGCCCCCAGACGAAGGACCCCAGACGACAACGAACUCAUCACCGCUUCCUCGUCGGCCUAAAAAACGCAAAAACAAUAAUAGCCACAACAGCGGUGGCGUAUAUGACCAACAGGCUGCCCCGCGUCCCGACCCCACCGUUCAAGUAGACGAACAAGAAGUCUACGACGGAGAUUUGGAGAGCCGCGACCUCACACACGACGAAAUAUGGGAUGAUUCAGCCUUGAUAGAGGCUUGGAACGCUGCCGCGGAAGAGUACAAGACUUAUCAUGGUCCCGAGAAAGAUUGGAAGAAGGAGCCAGUACACAAAUCUCCUUUGUGGUAUAAUAUUCCGCCUGAUCCUCAAAAAUUUAAACAGAAAUCCGUGAUCAAUGGGGCAGCCAAAUCUGCCCAACCCGACGCGUCUAGUGCUAUCGAUACUGAAAAUUCAAAACCCAUGGAUUUCGACGCGUUUAUUCCAACGCACGAUCCGUCGUUGGGUCUUCCAAAUGGGAAUAUGCCGUCCAUGGAUGACCCAAUGAACCAGGGAAUUAUUGCUCCGUCUGGACCCCUUGUGAGCCCAGACGAAGCAUUCUCAAAGGCUUUGGGUGCCAUGUAUUGGGCAGGAUAUUGGACGGCGGCAUACCAUUAUUCUCGCCAGCAAAGUACACAACAGAGCAUGGUCGACGAAGUCGCAGUAGAGGAGGAAGAAGAGGCAGAAGGGGACUUCGUCUCUGCUCAGCGAUAA